AAAACUGAUGGGCUGUGGAUUUUUCUUUUACGUAUUUUCCCGAUAAUCAUUCGUUACACCAUAUUAUCUAUGGUUACACAACAUCACCAUUAAACUCAGCCAUUAUGAGUAAGAUAGAAUGGACAGAUAUUCUAUAUCACCACAAAAAGAAACAACAGUAGCAAUGUGAAUAAAUCGUGAAUAUGAUUGGUAGUACGUAGUGAUACGGUGCAGUGCGAGACCUAUUUAGAUUCUACUUCGUUCUGUCAAAAUGGAGAAAGACAAUGACGUUCUAAAUCGCUAUAGAACAGUGUCAAAUAAACUAAAAAAGAGGUUUUUGAAGAAGCCAAAUCUUGCUGAAGGAAUUGAACAAUUUGGAAAUCUUGCCAAAGGAUUGAAGCAACAAGAAUGUCCACAAUAUGCUGGAUUCUGCUGUUUGGCCCAAGCAAGAUGUGAACAUACAUUAGGAAAUCCUUCAGGUGAAGCAUUGGCUUUAACAAAUGCUGCCAGAUCUUUUUUAGAAGCUGAAACCAAAAAUCGACAACUAAAAUGUGUGAGUUUUGAGGAACACUUGAUUGCAUCGAUCAAUUGUUAUGGCCAUGCUAUAAGGGUUCACAUAGAAAAUAAACAGAUAUCAUUGGCUGCUUCGUUAUCAUUAGAACUUGGACAUGCACUCAAGAAUUUAGAUAAACCAGAUGAAGCUGUAGGCCAUUUUCAAAGAGCUGCUGAACUUAUGUCACAGAGUCCAUUAGAUUGUUUGGAGGCACUUGAUUUGGUAUCAGUGUGUAAAAUAGAAACAAAAGAUUAUGAAGGGGCAUUAGCUGUUUUAACAGAGAUGACAUAUUUAGCACAAGAACGUGGAGGUUCAUCAACAACUGGUAAACCAUUAGGACCAUAUGUAGAUGUAUUAGUUAAAUGUGAAGUGGCUAGAGUAUUAUUAUUGAUGUUAUUACAGCCAACGCCACAACGUAUAAGACCAGAGCAUGCUCAGACAUUGGACAAAUAUGCUUGGGUGACCACUGAAGAUAAUUCAUCAGCUCAAUAUCUAAAUGAAGAUUUAUUUUUGCUCUUACAGUCGGUUGUAAUGGCCUGUCAGUCACGGGAUAUAGAAUCUCUACAAGCAUUACAAACAGAAAUCUGGCCAAUGUUAACAGCAGAACAGAACCAGAUUCUGCAUCUUGUUAUACAGGAGUUAUCUCACCCUUCUGGUGAAGGAGUUUAAAACAGAUGAAAUGAGGUCACAGACAAUCAAUGGAUAUAUUUACCACAUUCCAUAAAUUAGAAUGUAUAUGUGCAAUAUGUCAGAAAAUGAUAAGUAGGAAAAUAUGUUAUCCUAAUUUAAAAUAUUUUGUUUUGUGAACAUAUUGAAAUGUGGUCUUUUUCCAUAAAUUAGAAUGUAUAAUAUUUAAUAUGUGCAAUAUGCCAAAAAAUGAUAAGUAGGAAAAUAUGUUAAUAAUUGUUACUGUAUAUGUUAAUAAAUUGUGUAUCCUAAUUUGAAAUGUGGUCUUAUUGCCAUCCCCCCUGUCUGUUGGUACAUUUUUUGUACGCAAUAUCUUGUGAUCAUUCUAGAGACAACAUUUAUUAUCUCAUCUAUAUGCAUAGGCAACGAAGUAGCUUCCUCACUUUUUAGCACAGCUAUGACAAUCAUUUCCAUAUGCAUAAUAAGAGGAAAAAUUUGUAAUGAAUAACAUUUAUUAUUUGAAACAAAAAUAAAAACAUAAAUUUUAAAAGGGUUAAGUCAGAAAAAUGAAAGGUCUUCUGUAGCAUUGCACUUUCUACUAUAAAUUAAAUGAAUAAAUUAUUGGCAGUGUUGUGGCAAGCACUCUAUAAUUCUAAACUUGAGCUAUUGUAAUUCCCUGGAUUACUUGUAAAAACAAAAAAUAUGGAUUUGUUUGUUUAGUACAAUUUGAAAAGUAAUUUCAGGGCUAAUGUGGCAUUAUCAAUACAAAUUUUCAAAAGACUAUCUUUUAUUCUGGCAAAGCCCUUUUAAGUCUUAAAAAUGUCCAUUAUUAUAUAUAUUUAUGAGUAAAAUAAAGAUAUAAUCCUAAUAUAAACAUAUAGGAAAGACAAUAAUACAUAUAGCUUAAAAUAUUUAAACAAAUUAAGAUAUAAUUAAUUUUAACAUCUGUGAGUAUGUCGCAUUGCUGUUGGUAUUUUUUUAGAUGGAAAUAUUUUGUUCACAUAAAUUAUGCAAUAUAUAAAGUUUAGGCCUGAUUGACAUAGAAGAAAUCUAUAAAUAUAUAAUUGAUAAUGUUGUUAUUAAAAAGUGCCCCCCCGGCCCCCACGUUCCUAGCUUAAUUUAAAUGGACAGAGCCUCUUUGAUUUAGGUCAAAAUCAUAGAUUUACAUCUUGUAACAAAUAAACACAGACAGUAUAAUCAAAUCCUACAUGCCCCAUGUUCUGCACAUGAUCAGCUAAUAUUGGCAGAGGCUUGAAUCCAUAGAAAGAUUUCUACACAUAUAUAGGUAAAUAAAAUGACUACUCUGAAAGAGAUUUUUAUUAAUAUUGCUGAUACAGUAUCUUUUCUUUUUAAAUACAAAUAUAUGGCAGGGUU